AUGUUAGCUCACGAUUUUCUGAAGAAGGACGAUCGCACCUUCAAACCGACAUCGUCUUCAAGGUCAGCAUGGUAUUUUUGUGUCUUGGUGCUGACGAAGAUUCUUCGAUGUAUUGGCAUAUUUUUCCUCGAUGUUCUAGCAAAGGGAGUUCACGUAGUUAGCCUGUUAUGGCUCGUGAGAGUAAUUGCCUCAGCACUCCUACUACCCAUCCAAAAACCUCUUUCACAUGGACAUACCUUAAAAAAACCAACGUUCAUACGUAUUGGAAAGUUGGCUUUAGUAAAUUGUUUAAUAGAGGUGCUGUGGUUUUAUGGUAUUACAUUUUGUGGACCACUAAGGUCAGUUUUGGUUUUUGAGCUGAGCCCAUCUGUUUUGUUGGUAGCCAUGGCGUCAGUUUUCAAGGGAAAUUCGUCAACAGCUAAAAGUCGGGGUCUAUUCUUUCUAGUCAUAGGAUAUAUAUCGCUUUUGUUAUUGGAUCGGGAUCACUCAAUAGAAGAUCCUCACGACGUAACCCAUGGUCAUCAUAGCGGACUCAAUCACUUAUUUUACCACCUUAUUGCCACGUUUGGUGUAAGUGAUCAUCAAGGAGGCGUGGCCAUCCUGUUUCUGGCAUUGGCCCUUCGCAUUGGUGAGUAG